GUACAGAUUUUUGGUGAGUGGAGACAUGGGGAAAAUACGUGAAAACAUCUUGGGGUGGUACAUUUUCUCCACGAUAAGAGCGUUUGUUGUGAGAUAUGGCAACCCUACGUGAAACGCACUUUGAGGACAGCCGUAACGCAUGCAUAUGUCAGAAUGUGUUGCUGUCUUGUAAAGUGUAAUUUGUCUAAUUUCAUUAUUCCUGGCUCCGUAAAUACACCAGCAAAAGUCAUUCUAGCCAUUUGCCCAGUGGGAGCUACCGAGCGAUGCAGCGUGUGCUGGAGCGGCGUGUGCCGAGGCUGCUGCUCUUCUGUCUGCAUUGGGGAAGGCCAGUUCGGGGCAGGUGGAGAUGUUCCUCAGCUGAGCACCCUGCGCAGACCGAGCCACCUUCCCAGACCAGGCUCAACCCUCUGAACAUUCAGAUGCUGUCCAGGAACCUGCAUGAGCAGAUUUUCCGCGGAGCGGUGGAGAGUCAUGGGAAGGAAGAGGUGGAGCGCAGCAUGAGACAUCUGCAGAAGCAUGAUCUGUGGGGCCGGGAGACGCCGCUGCUGCCUGACGUGGAGCUGCGUCUCCCCCACCUUUACGGCGACAACAUUGACGAGCACUUCCGCAUCUUGGCGCAGACACAAAGCCUGCCCUACCUAGAGGCAGCCAGUCUGCUCCUGAAGACCCCCCUGCCCCCCCUGCCAGUGGAGUGGGUGUGGGAAGCAGGCUGGACCCGGUAUGACCCGGGUAUGACGAGCAGGGUGGGAUUCCCAGAGGAGCAAGCGCUGGUGUUUGAUGUGGAGGUGUGCAUGUCACAGGGCCACUGCCCCACUCUGGCUGUAGCCGUUUCACCAACUUCCUGGUAUUCCUGGUGUAGUCGAAGGCUGAUCGAGGAGAGAUACACCUGGUCCAGUCAGCUGACCCUGGCUGACCUCAUUCCCUUGGAAACUCUGCCCAACUCCAGCCGGCCCCCUGGAGGCCAGUGGAAGGAGAGACUGGUGGUGGGACACAAUGUCAGCUUCGACCGUGCUCACAUCAAGGAGCAGUAUCUGCUGAAGGGUUCCAGAAUGCGCUUCCUGGACACGAUGAGUCUACACAUGGCAAUCUCAGGACUGACCGGCUUCCAGCGCUCCCUCUGGAUGGCCAGCAAGUAUGGCAAGAGGCGGGGCCUGCAGGUGGUCAAAGAGCACAUGAAGAGGGCAGGGAGGAGACAGGAGGCCCCAGCAAUCGAUUCUUGGGACUGGGUGGACAUCAGCAGUAUUAAUAACCUGGCUGACGUGCAUGCGCUGUAUGUGGGCAAAGCUCCCUUGGAGAAAGAAGCACGAGAGAUUUUUGUUAAAGGCAGCAUGGCUGACGUCAGAGAUAAUUUCCAGGACCUGAUGAGGUACUGUGCCCUCGAUGUCAAGGCCACACACGAGGUGUUCACAGAGCAGUUGCCCCUCUUCAUGGAAAGGUGUCCUCACCCUGUGACAUUGGCUGGGAUGCUGGAGAUGAGUGUCUCCUAUCUUCCUGUGAAUCAGAACUGGGGCCGGUAUUUGGAGGAAGCACAGGGCACAUUUGAGGAACUGCAGAGGGAGAUGAAGAAGUCUCUGAUGAACCUGGCAGAUGAUGCUUGCCAGUUGAUCCAGGAUGAGAGCUAUAAGGAGGAUCCCUGGCUAUGGGACCUGGAAUGGGAUGUCCAGGAGUUUAAACAGAAGAAGUUGUCCGGCAAGAAGAAGUCAAGCAAAGCUAAGAGUCCGGCAGAGAGCAGCACCACAAUGGACUGGGAUCAAGACCCAGGGCCCCCCCCAGAGGAAGAGGAUGGCAUGGUCCCCCCCUCGAGCAGAGCGUUACUGCAGCAACUCAGAGAGACAGUGAGCUGCCUGCCCAAGAGGAGACAGCACCUGCCUGGGCAUCCCAUAUGGUAUCGUAAGCUGUGUGAGAGGAUGUCGGAGGAUGCAUGGUCCCCCGGGGCGAGCCUGAUAAGCCUGCAGAUGAGAGUGACUCCGAAGUUGAUGGGACUGCAGUGGGAUGGCUUUCCCCUGCACUACACGGAGCAGCACGGAUGGGGCUACCUGGUCCCUGGCCGCAGGGAUAACCUGAUGCAUGUGGAGGACAGCGAGGGACCCGUGUGUCCACACAGGGCCAUCGAAAGAGCAUAUAGGGAGCGGUGUGAAGGGCGGGGCCAGGAGGUGCCGGAAAAUGAGGACGUGUCGGUCUCAGAUGACUUCAUGCUGACGGACAGCAACGUGUGGCAGACGGUGGAGGAGCUGAGUCGCCUGGACGGAGCGGGUGAGGAGGACGUGGGGGCAAAGAGGAGAGGCAGGAAGACCGCUGUGCAGGAACCAGAGGUCCCACCUGGUGAGAGCCAGUGUCCCUAUCACCAUGGUAACGGACCGUACAAUGAUGUCAACAUUCCUGGAUGCUGGUUUUUUAAACUCCCUCAUAAGGAUGGAAAUGCCAACAACGUGGGCAGCCCAUUUGCCAAGGAUUUCCUGUCCAAAAUGGAGGAUGGCACCCUGCAGGCUGGUCGCGGCAGUACCAGUGCAGCCAGGGCCCUGGAGAUCAACAAGAUGAUCUCAUUCUGGAGAAAUGCGCAAAAACGCAUUAGCUCACAACAGGUGGUUUGGCUGAGGAAAGGAGAGCUACCACGUGCUGUCAGCAGACAUGUCGAUUUUGAUGAGGAGGGGCAGUACGGAGCCAUCUUGCCCCAGGUCAUCACUGCAGGAACAGUCACACGCAGAGCUGUGGAGCCCACCUGGCUGACUGCGAGCAAUGCCCGGAAUGACCGUGUUGGCAGUGAGCUGAAGGCGAUGGUGCAGGUGCCCCCAGGGUACCACCUCGUGGGGGCAGACGUAGACUCCCAAGAACUAUGGAUUGCAGCUCUCCUGGGAGAAGCACACUUCACCGGCCUGCACGGCUGCACGGCGUUCGGAUGGAUGACGCUGCAGGGGAAGAAAAGUCAAGGCACAGAUCUGCACAGCCGCACUGCUCAGGCUGUUGGCAUCAGCCGUGAACAGGCCAAAGUGUUCAACUACGGAAGAAUCUACGGUGCCGGCCAGCCCUUUGCCGAGCGCUUGCUGAUGCAGUUCAAUCAUCGGCUCAGCCAGCCCGACGCUGCGGCCAAAGCUCGCCAUAUGUACGCCGUCACCAAGGGGCUACGCAGGUACCACCUGUCGGAGGAGGGGGAGUGGCUGGUGAGAGAACUGGGGUUGGAGGCGGACUGUGAUCAGGAUGGCAGUGUGUCCCUGCAGGAGGUCCGCAGGAUCCAGCGGCUGGUUUCUCAGAGCUCCAGGCGGCGCCAGUGGGAGAUAGUGGGGCGGCGGGUUUGGGCAGGGGGCACAGAGUCGGAAAUGUUCAACAAACUGGAGAGCAUUGCCCAUUCGGAAGAGCCCCGCACCCCAGUCCUGGGAUGCCGCAUCAGCCGUGCCCUGGAGCCGCAGGCAGUGAAGGAUGAGUUCAUCACCAGCCGGGUAAACUGGGUGGUUCAGAGCUCGGCGGUAGACUACCUGCACCUGAUGUUAGUGUCCAUGAGGUGGCUGCUUGAGGAACAUGACAUCGAUGGGCGGUUCUGCAUCAGCAUACACGAUGAGGUGCGCUAUCUGGUCAGGAGCGAUGACCGCCAUCGAGCCGCACUGGCACUGCAGAUCACCAACCUGCUCACACGCUGCAUGUUUGCAUAUAAGCUGGGAAUGCAAGACCUUCCUCAGUCAGUGGCAUUCUUUAGCGCUGUGGACAUCGAUCUGUGUUUGCGCAAGGAGGUCACCAUGGACUGCUGCACCCCCUCCAACCGCACUGGGCUGCAGCGUAGAUAUGGCCUGCCCCAGGGUGAGGCCUUGGACAUUUAUCAGAUCAUCGAGAUCACCCGUGGUUCUCUGGAGAAGAGCAGAUGAGGUGGAGAACCCAGAAAAAUCCAAACAAAAGAGCCAAUACAAGGGCCCCGCU